CGCAGCGCCGCGCGGGAGGAGUUCCCCGAACGCCGCGUCGCCAUUGGCCGCGGCCGUCGGCUGCUUCCUCGCGUCGUGGGAAGCUCCGGAGGGCGAGAAAGCGAAAGCCGAGCAGCGGAGCAGAGCAGAUCCAGGAUGACGAGCACAUGCAGGGAUUCAGGCAGAGCCCCCGAUGAGGACGCGUUCACGGACCUCCUGGGAGAACGGAGACUCCGCAGCGAUCUUGGCCACGCACUCAGGACCUUUAACCCCCACCCCCACGGAGGAGCUCCGCCGCCCUCCACAGCCGACCUCAACCGAACCGUGCUGGAGUCCCAGUAUCUGCGUUACGUCAUCAAAGAGGUCGCCGCGGAGACGGGGUCGUCCCCGGACGAGGUCGGGGAGGAUGCUCGCGGGAUUUUGGAGGAGAUGUCGCAAAACCUGCAGCUGGGCUUCAUCCGGCUGAUGGCGUACACGGUCACCAAGGUGCUGAAGAGGCUCUUUAGCAGCGUCUACGUCAACAUGGACGGACUGAACACGCUCCAACAGGCCGUUAAGGACGGCCCUGUGAUUCUGAUGCCCAACCACCGGAGCUACAUGGACUUCCUAAUUAUCUCCUACGUCCUGUUCACAUACGACAUCCCCGUUCCCGUCAUAGCUGCAGGCAUCCCUCUGGCAGGGAUGAAGAUCGUCGGGGAGAUCCUGCGCCGGUCGGGGGCGUUCUUCAUCCGACGGGCCAUCGGCUCGGAGAGGCUCUACUGGGCGGUGCUGUCGGAAUACGUGAAAACCAUCGUGAGGACGAGCGCUGCGCCGCUGGAGUUCUUCGUGGAAGGUUUGAGGAGUCGCACGCUGAAAUCUCUGAAACCCAAGCUGGGCAUGAUGCACAUGGUGCUGGAGCCCUACUUCAAAGGCGAGGUGUUUGACGUCACACUGGUGCCGAUCACAGUCAGCUACGACCGGGUGCUGGAGGAGUCGCUGCUCGUCCACGAGCUACUGGGAGUCCCCAAGCCCAAAGAGAGCACCACGGGCCUGCUGAAGGCCAGGAGAGUCCUCCAGGAGAACUACGGCAGCAUGCACGUGAACUUUGGCCGCCCCGUGUCGGCCAGACAGUUGUGUCAGGGCAAGAUAAAGCGCUGCCAGUACAACCUCACGCCCAGGGAUCUUCCGCGGAAGCCGAGCGCGGAGGCCCAGGCCUGCGUGAGCUGGCUGGCUCAUGUGAUGGUGCGGCUCCAGGAGGAGGGCUCUCUGAUCGGCCCCUGGUCUCUGAUGGCCUGCUUGUUGCUCCAGGCCCCAGCCACAGUGCUAACGGAGGGGGGCCUGCCGUGGCGUCAGCUCACAGAGCGAACCCUGUGGCUCAGGAAGCUGGCUCUGGACUUUGGGGCUCGCCUGAACUGGCCCAGACGCGUCCCAGACUCGGAUGUGAUUUCCUCCUCCGCGGCCCUUCAUGGCGCCGUAGUUCGGCGUAAAGACGGGCGCGCCUACCUGGUGCAGGAGGAAGAGCCGGCGAGGAAGCAUCCGGUCGGCGCAGAGGAGGGUGCGUUGAGGACGGCGGCGCCGCUGCUCAUGCUGGCGUCCUACAGGAACCAGGCCCUGCAUGUUUUCCUGCGUCCCGCCCUGCUGGCAACGGCCAUGCACGUCACAAAGAGCCAGCAAACAGAUGAGCUCUGCGCCUUCUUCCGCUUCCUGCAGGACGUCUUCUCCCACGAGUUCAUCUUCGUUCCCGGAAAUUCGGCUCAGGACUUCGAGGAGGCGUGCUUCUUCCUGAAGAAGUGCAGAGCGCUCUGCAUCAGUCAGCAGGAAGUGACGGCGUCAGAAACGGGAGCGGAGGUGCUUCAGUUCCUGCAGACGCUGCUGCAGCCCUUCAUGGACUCAUAUCAGGCGAUGUUCAGGUUCCUGUCGGACGAGGGAGCUGACGUGAUCACAGAGAAGCAGUUUGUAGCCGCUGUCAGGAACGCGGCCGCGAAGCUCAUCCUCUCAGGUGAGCUCCACACCUACGAAGCCCUGUCGUCCGACAUGCACAAAAACGCGCUGUCGUCCCUGCGAAGGCUGGAGGCUGUGACAAAGUUGAGUGGGUCCCCGGAGGACGAGUACAGCGUCAACAAGGCGGCGUGUGGGAGAAUCGCAGGCAUCCUAACUGGGAAAAUCCCCCCGCAGAUGCUCCAGACUGCACCUGACGCAAGACUUUAGUCUCCGCUGGAAUAAAUCCACUUUCGGAAUCUGCGCACACUCCCGGCUGAUCCCUCCGUCCUCUCAUUUUCUUCCCUCAGACCAACCAGUUUCUCCUGGUCCUCAGCGGCCGCAGCUCUUUCAACGUUCCCUCAACCUCUAGACAGGGUUAAAUAAAGCUACACACACCCGACACGGAUCCCAAAGGUUUCGUGGAUGCGAGACAUUUAUUUCAAUUUCUUUACAUACCAAUAAAUGUAAAACAGAUGUAACAAAA